AUGUCUGGUGUCCAGGAAGGGUUGGUGGUAAACGACUUAGUGAUUCUCUCUCCCCAAUACUUGGUCGAUAUCAUGACUAGCAUUCAUGACGUCCCGAAGGAUCGCAAUUUCCAACGGCAGUUCUCGGACGAGUUUCGCAAACUUGAGACGAAAGGUCGAAUCGACAGCCAUGUUCUGGAAUAUGUUUGGAAGAAUAAAGAAGUCAACGCUGAAAUACUUGUCGAACUGUUGUCGUGCUUCAAUAUACUUUAUCCCCUCAGCAAUGAAAAGGAAAAAG